AUUUCAAAAUGGCGACUUUAGCGAAGGCUCCCACAACUCAUGAAGAAAUUGAGAAGCAGAUCCAAGAAUUGCAAGCUCGACGAACAGGAAAGGAGAAAUCUAAAGGUGUAGAUGAAAGCGAGCGUGUUCUUGUUGGUCUUGGAUCAGCUGGUCGUUUUGAUACAGAUAUUUAUGGCUCAGGAGGUGACAAAUAUGCUGGUUAUGUGCCCUCGAUUGCUGCUAACGAGAUGGAAGAGGAUGAUGAUGAUGAUUCAUCAGCUUCUAUCAUGCAACCUGGUAAAAGACAAUCCUAUACAGCACCAAUGGCUGUUCUUAAUGACAUGACCAAGGGAGAACAGGUGGAUCCUUUUCAAGAACACAGACGUCAAACUAUUGCUGAAAGAGAAGAUGAAUAUAGAGCAAGAAGACGACAGAUGAUCAUAUCACCACCCAGACACGACCCAUUUGCUAAUGGCGGCAAGACGCCUGAUCCUAGCCAACUGAAGAAUGUCAGAACCUACUCUGAUGUCAUGAUAGAACAAGACCUGCGACGUGACCAGGUUGAAUUAGUCAAGCAAAUUCAAGAUAAAGCAAAGUCUGGUGAUUUACAAACUACACAAGCUGCUCAACAGAAGCCAGAGAGAAAGCGUCGUCGUUGGGAUCAGCAAGCUACAGGAGAAGAGACCCCUAAGAAGAAAUCUGCCUGGGAUCAACCUGAGAUAGCAACACCAUCAAAUAGCAGAUGGGAUGAAACCCCUGGAAGACCUAAAGGAUCUGAAACUCCUGGUGUUACUCCUCACAGACCAGGAUCUGAAACACCAGGGGCAACACCAAGUACAAGGAUUUGGGAAGCAACACCCAGUCACACUACACCAGGGCAUGCUACACCAGGAGGAACAACACCAGGAAUGGCAUCAAGUAGAAGAAAUAGAUGGGAUGAAACACCCAAAACAGAAAGAGGAGAAACACCAGGGCAUGCAACACCUGGAUGGGCAGAGACACCAAGAACAGAUAGAACAGGUGGUGAAACACCUGGAGCAACACCAACACCAGCCAGCAAGAGACGAUCAAGAUGGGAUGAGACUCCAGCUAGUCAGAUGGGUGGUUCUACUCCAAUGGUAGGAUCUAGUGGAGUAACUCCAGCAGGAGCAGCUGCUAUGCAAAUGCAGACACCAACACCAGGUCAGCUUGUGUCAAUGACUCCAGAACAAAUGCAGGCUUAUAGAUGGGAAAGAGAAAUAGAUGAAAGGAAUCGACCAUUAACAGAUGAAGAACUUGAUGCUCUUUUCCCCAAGGAAGGCUACAAGGUUCUUGAUCCUCCUCCUGGAUAUCAACCAAUAAGAACGCCUGGUAGACGACUGACAGCAACACCAACACCUGCUGGUGGGACAGGCUUCUAUAUGCAGCAAGAAGAUCCAUCAGCAAAAGUCAUUGAUGACCAACCGCCUGGUAAUCUGCCAUACCUUAAGCCUGAUGAUGUACAGUACUUUGAUAAACUGCUGGUUGAUGUUGAUGAAAGCACACUUGGGCCUGAGGAGUUGAAAGAAAGAAAGAUCAUGAAGCUUCUGCUUAAAAUCAAAAAUGGAACUCCUCCAAUGAGAAAGGCUGCAUUGAGGCAAAUCACAGACAAAGCUAGAGAGUUUGGAGCUGGUCCUUUGUUUAAUCAGAUAUUACCACUCCUUAUGUCACCUACCUUGGAAGAUCAGGAACGUCAUUUGUUGGUCAAAGUCAUUGAUCGUAUCUUGUAUAAACUUGAUGACUUGGUCAGACCUUUUGUACACAAGAUUCUUGUUGUCAUUGAACCACUUCUGAUUGAUGAAGAUUACUAUGCAAGAGUAGAGGGCAGAGAAAUCAUCUCUAACCUGGCUAAGGCUGCAGGUUUGGCGACAAUGAUUUCUACCAUGAGACCUGAUAUUGACAACAUUGAUGAGUAUGUGCGUAACACAACAGCAAGAGCCUUUGCUGUUGUUGCUUCUGCUUUGGGUAUACCCUCCCUGUUACCCUUCUUAAAGGCUGUAUGUCGCAGUAAGAAGUCCUGGCAGGCAAGGCAUACUGGUAUCAAGAUUGUCCAACAGAUUGCAAUCCUAAUGGGUUGUGCUAUAUUACCACAUCUCAGAAACCUUGUGGAGAUUAUUGAACAUGGUCUUGUUGAUGAACAGCAGAAAGUGAGGACUAUCACUGCCCUUGCUUUGGCUGCUUUAGCAGAAGCUGCUACUCCGUAUGGUAUUGAAUCAUUUGAUAGUGUUCUCAAGCCUUUAUGGAAGGGUAUUAGACAGCAUAGAGGAAAGGGUUUGGCUGCUUUUUUGAAAGCAAUUGGUUAUCUCAUCCCCCUUAUGGAUGCUGAGUAUGCAAAUUACUACACUCGGGAAGUGAUGAUAAUCUUGAUUCGUGAAUUCCAAAGUCCUGAUGAAGAAAUGAAAAAGAUUGUUCUCAAGGUGGUCAAGCAAUGUUGUGCUACUGAUGGUGUAGAGCCAUCUUACAUCAAACAGGAUAUUCUUCCUGAUUUCUUCAAGCAUUUUUGGCAGCACAGAAUGGCUUUGGAUAGGAGAAACUAUCGACAGCUUGUAGAUACUACAGUUGAACUGGCAAACAAAGUAGGUCCAUCAGAGAUUAUUAACCGUAUUGUGGAUGACUUGAAAGAUGAGAAUGAACAAUACAGAAAGAUGGUUAUGGAAACCAUUGAAAAGAUCAUGGAAAAUCUUGGAUCAGCAGAUAUUGAUUCAAGGCUUGAAGAACAACUGAUUGACGGCAUAUUGUAUGCAUUCCAAGAACAGACACAAGAAGAUAUUGUAAUGCUGAAUGGGUUUGGUACAGUGGUCAAUGCUUUGAGUAAGAGAGUAAAGCCAUACUUACCACAAAUUUGUGGUACCAUCCUUUGGCGUUUAAACAAUAAAUCAGCCAAGGUCAGACAGCAAGCAGCAGAUUUAAUAUCAAGAAUUGCACAGGUUAUGAUGACCUGUGGAGAGGAAAAACUACUUGGUCAUCUUGGUGUUGUACUGUAUGAGUAUCUUGGUGAAGAAUACCCAGAAGUCUUAGGAAGCAUCCUUGGUGCCUUAAAGGCUGUUGUCAAUGUAAUUGGUAUGAACAAGAUGACUCCACCUAUUAAAGAUCUGCUACCAAGACUUACACCCAUCCUUAAAAACAGACAUGAAAAAGUACAAGAAAACUGCAUUGACUUGGUUGGACGUAUUGCUGACCGUGGUGCAGAACAUGUUGGAGCCAGAGAAUGGAUGAGAAUUUGUUUUGAACUGCUUGAGCUACUCAAAGCACACAAAAAGGCAAUCAGACGAGCAACAGUCAACACAUUUGGUUAUAUUGCAAAGGCUAUUGGACCCCAAGAUGUCUUAGCUACUCUUCUUAACAACUUAAAGGUCCAAGAAAGACAGAACCGUGUAUGUACAACAGUAGCCAUUGCUAUUGUUGCUGAGACAUGUUCACCGUUUACAGUGUUACCAGCCUUGAUGAAUGAAUACAGGGUUCCUGAACUUAAUGUACAAAAUGGUGUCUUGAAAUCUCUUUCAUUUUUGUUUGAAUACAUUGGUGAAAUGGGAAAAGAUUAUAUUUAUGCAGUCACGUCAUUGUUAGAGGAUGCACUUAUGGACAGAGACCUUGUACAUCGGCAAACAGCUUGCUCAGCCAUAAAGCAUAUGUCUUUAGGAGUAUUUGGUCUUGGAUGUGAAGAUGCUUUAUGUCAUCUUAUGAAUUAUGUCUGGCCAAAUAUCUUUGAGACUUCACCUCAUGUCAUAAAUGCAGUCAUGGAGGCUGUUGAUGGACUACGUGUUGCUUUAGGACCAGCUAAAACAUUGCAGUAUUGUAUACAGGGUAUGUUUCAUCCAGCAAGAAAAGUACGGGAUGUCUAUUGGAAAAUAUAUAACAAUCUCUACAUUGGUUCUCAGGAUUCUCUAGUUGCAGCUUAUCCAACAGCCCAUAAUGAUGAAAAGAAUACUUUUGUUCGCUCAGAAAUGAUGUACUUUGUCUAGCUCUUCGAAUGUAAAUUUUUGCACAUUUUCGUUCUUACUGGCUUUUAUAAUUAUGAUGCAUUCUAACAUCACAAUAUUGGCAUUAAUAUUGAUAUACUAGUACAAAAAUAGAUAAAAACAGUUCUAUCAUGUAGCUCUAUUCGCAAUCUACAGGCCAGUUAGAAAAAAUAUACAGGGAUAAUAUCAAAGUACAUGUAUAGGUAACUAGUAGUAAAGAAUGUCAUAUCUUAUUGAAAAGUUGAUGUGUUCAAAUAACAUGUAUAAAAGUUGUUAAUAAAUGAUAGUUAGGAUUCUA